AUGGAAUUAUUAUCGAAAUAUUUAAUUGAUCGUUAUCCAUCUUUAUUUGAAUAUCAACAAAAUAAAGAACAAAUUCAAAUAAAAUCAUCAAAUCCUCUUAAAUAUGCAUCAUUAUUAAUUCAAGAUGAUUUAAUAUUAAUGAUUGAAAGAAAUGAUGGACAAUAUUAUUUAAAAGGUGGUCCAAUUGUUUCACCUGAAUUUUGA